GGGGAACGUCCGCUGCGAGAUGAUCCAGUGCCCCCUGACCACCUGCUCCCACCCCAUGACGGAGCCUGGGGUCUGCUGCCCCCGCUGCAAAGGCUGCGUGUAUGAGGGCCGCGAGCGAGAGGACGGGAGCAGCUGGUUCUCCUCUUCCGGUGCCCUGCAUGGUGUGCAUGUGCGCGGAGGGCGUGGCCAGCUGCGCCGAGAUCGCCUGCAUCAGCUCCUGCGUCAACCAGAUCGAGGUGCCCGGGGAGUGCUGCCCGCUGUGCGCAGAUUGCACUUACGAGGGCCGGGCGUACGGGCCGGGCGAGAGUUUCCAGCCGGGACAAGACCCCUGCGAAAUCUGCACCUGUGAGCUGAUGUCCGACGGGGAACAACAUCUGCAGUGCUACCGCAAGCAGUGCCCCAGUCUACUGGAUUGCCCCCGGGAACAGAUCCAGGCGCCGGGCGCCGGGCACUGCUGCCCAACCUGCGCACAAGCACUUAGCAACUGCACUUCCAACCUGGUGGGCAACGAGGUCCAAGCCACCGACGAGCCCUGCUACACCUGCCAGUGCAAGGACCUGACCUGGGUUUGCGUACACCAAGUCUGCCCGGCGCUGAGCUGCCCCACGGCAGAGCGUUUCACUCCGCACGGAGCCUGUUGCCCCAUCUGCGAUGAGUGUGUGAUUGAGGUCGAGGGGCGACGCGUGUCUGACGGGGAGACCUGGAAAGACAGUGCGGACAACUGUGUCUCCUGUUCGUGCAACCUGGGCCACGUGGAGUGCCACAUCCAGGAAUGCAUGCCCCUCGUGUGCCAAGAGGGACUGGCGAAGUUGCAAGUGCCCGGGGAGUGCUGCGCCAAGUGCCAAGACCCAAGCGCCACCUGCACCCACCAAGGCCAGACCUUCCAGUCCAACGAGCACUGGCAGGUGGACGAGUGCACGGCCUGCACCUGUGUGUCUGGAGAGGUGCACUGCCGGAACGAGCGCUGCCCACCUGCUGCCUGCGCCGCUGAUGAGACACCCACCCUGAUCCCUGGCAUGUGCUGCCCGCACUGCGUCCCUCGCCCCGCCACCUGUGUGGCUUUCGGCGACCCGCACUACCGCACCUUCGACGGCAAGAUGGUCCACUUUCAGGGCAGCUGCACCUACGUCCUGGCCCAAGAUUGUGACGGGGGAGACUUCAGCAUCCACGUGACUAACGAUGACCGUGGACGGACAGGCGUCUCCUGGACCAAGGAAGUGGCCGUGAUGAUUGGCGACACCACCGUCCAGCUGCUCCAGGACCGGGUUGUCAUGGUGGACUCCCAGACGGUGACCCUCCCGUUCCUGAAGGAGCCACACCUCUAUGUGGAGCUCAAGGCCAGCACCCUCCUCUUGAACACCAACAUUGGAGUCAAGGUUCUAUGGAACGGCCGCUCCCACCUGGAGGUCAGCGUCCCCGGCACAUACAAAGGCCACACUUGUGGCCUGUGUGGCAACUUCAAUAACUAUCCACAGGACGACCUGCGCCUCCGUUCCGGCCACCUCACCUUGUCGGAGGCGGCUUUCGGCAACAGCUGGAAGGUGACCGGCGCCAACGCCACUGGACCUGCCGCUGCCCUGACGCGCCGGACGUGGACCCCUGCAAGGAGUCUGGCUACCGCUCCCGGAAAGAGGCCAACGCCCGCUGCAAGGUCCUCAAGGCGCCCCCCUUUGAGCGCUGCCACCCUGCCGUCCCGCCAGAGCCCUUCUUCGCCUCCUGCGUCUACGAUCUCUGUGCCUGCGGAGCGGCCGCGGCGGAAGACUGCCUCUGCGAGGCCCUAGAGGCCUACGCCGCCCAGUGCCGACGGGCAGGGCUGGUGCUGCAUUGGCGAUCGCCCACGCUCUGCGCCGUGGGCUGCCCCCAAGACCGGGGCUACGUCUUUGACGAGUGCGGCCCCCCUUGCCCCAAGACGUGCUUCAACCACGCCGUCCCGCUGGGGGUCCUGGAGUCCCACUGCUUCAAGCCUUGCGUGCCAGGCUGCCAAUGCCCCGCCGGGCUGGUGGAACACGAAGCCCACUGCAUCCUGCCGGAGUCCUGCCCUCGCAUCAUCUACGGAACUCUCUGAGACAGGAUGGAACCGGAUUAUUUCCAGGGAAGCCUCCGCCUUUGCCUCGUCUGGGGGAGCCUGGGACUGGGGUGGGGUGGGGCGGCUUCCCUGCCUGUUCCAGGGGGAGAGAGUUUGGCAAAGCCAGCUCUUCUCUCCCUUUGAAAGGCCUGGGCAGAACAUGCUCUCUGCGGUGAGAAUUCCAGCCUUCAUUUCGAAGCAUGGUUCUGGUCCUCACCCAAAAACCUGUGCUUUCUCCACUCCCUCGAAAAAAUCAAGCGGAAAACUUGAACCGUGGAGCCAGAAUAAAUUAUGUACAACCAAGAAAAAUGUCUCAGUUGCAGGGUUUAUUCCACCUGGUCAUUUUCCUCCUAGAACUCGCCUGGUGGUGUCUGUGCGCACUGAUUGUGCAAGCCAAGCGCAAUCCUAGUCCUCAUUGAUGCUUUUCUAAGUGCCAAUGCUGACUGACGUUGCCAUCGGCCAAUGGCUUUUGGGCCCCCUUCUUUCUAAAUAACUCGAAUGAAUGAAGAGAGAGAACAUUUCUCAGAUUUGCGGGGGGGGGCUGCAAACUGGGAGGGGGAGCCAAUGCCACACAAGACAGAAUCGGGGUUAAAAAAUGACCUCAACAUUGGAGAACUGGGCGAAGCACAACCCUAGU